AUGCCAGGGGGAGUGACCUCCUACCAAGAUCUCCAGACAAGUAACGGCGCGUUUGCCAACGAUGGUGGACCCUGGAUGGUGGAAGUCGUCAAGACGCCUGGUGCAGAGAUUACGCAUAUUGUCUCGCUUGCUGGGUGUUUCCAAGCGCCACACAGACUGCUUACACGUCUCCUUCUACACAAAUGUCUCAUUCGAACUCAAUCACUUUGGAAUGCUACUCACCUCGACUACGCAUGGAAGUAUGCACCAUGGUGGGGAAGCGGAAAGAAUGAAGCAGACAGUGUCCUUGCCAUAAGAUCGGCAGUUGGUGACCAGCAAUAUGUUGAUACACUCAAGGUCGGAAACUGGACGCUUCUACAGGGCCUCGGACAAGGUUGGGAUGGGUCAUUUUUCUCCCAUAAUGGUACCACCGGCCUUGUCACAAAUGCGGACAAAACAACUGGUUACCUCCAGAUCGCAAUCAACAUUACCUUUUCUCGUCAGGCAGACGAGUACAUCAACUACUAUGUCAAAGAUACUCCAUCGAGUACACAGAAUCACACGGGCACCAUUGUCGGCGUGACCCUCGGUGCUGUGUCCAUGAUCAUCCUAGCCGUCAUUGGCUUCCUCAUUUUUAGAAGACGCCAAAAGCGACAAAACCGUCAAGCAAACGACGAUGGCAAUCCCAGUCGUCGAGCCCUUUCACACCCUUUCGACCAACAGCAGAACCCACUUGCAUCGGUCAACAAGGAUUCACGAUUCACGUCUCGACCAGGGGUUGCUAUGAUAACCCCCAGUAGUGAUCAGAGAUCAUUGCUCACUUCUCUUUCCGGAUCGCAGAACCCGGAUCCACAACACGCCGCGCAUCUCCCUGCACUGACCAUCCCCGGACCAUCUUGUAUGAAUGGGCCCCAUCACUUGGAUAAUGCCUACAUAGCGUACACCGAUGACAUGCCGCCAGCAUACGCUUCGGCCCAGCCACUACAAUCGGCGGUGGGAGGUCAAGGCCAGACGUUACCUGUAACUGGAGGCGCAGGCUGGGCGAAUAUGUCUCUUGCGCAGUUUGCACAGGAGAAUCGUAAUGCGAUUCCAGAAAGUUUGGAGGCAAAACUCCAGAGAUCAGGCUAUGUGCCAGCUAAUGAUCCAGAUGCACUCUCCAAGUCCCAGUGGAGAGACGUGGGAGUAACCAAACUCGAGCUCUCGAGAUUGAGUCUCUAUCAACGUGGACUGCAAGCUGGUUAA